AUGAUUGGAUUACCGCGUAGCGAUAGAGAUAGAGAUCGAAUUACGGUGAAAAUUCGCAAUAUGAAGCGAAGUUCGUCGCGUGAUAGUAUGCCGCGAUCAAAACGGACACGCAGCAGUAUUGGUAGGUAUGACGAUAGCUCUGACGAGCGUGGAAGCCCGGAACGAGUACGACGUCGAGUACGCUCCCCUAGCCCGCGCGGUCGAUAUGUGUCACCUCAUCGCGAUGAUUACGUGCGUUCUCGUGAUGCUCGAGAUGAAUCUGUCCGCAGCUACUACAAAGUACUAUGUGUUAGUGCUUUACACCCUAAAGCGUCGGAUGAGAUUGUCAAGGAUACUUUGUAUAGAGAAUAUAAGAAGUAUGGUGACUUUAGUAUAAAAAUAUCCCAUGAGUUGGAUGAGAGAGUAGCCUACAUCUGCUUCCGAAGUGCAGAGGAUGCGAGAGACGCUAAACAUGCCAAGCCUAGGAUAAUACUGUAUGAUAAAGUUGCUAUUGUUGAUCCUGUUUAUGAACCUGUACGUUCUGAGUACAGACCGAGGCCUCGUAGUAUAACUCCUCCUGACUAUGAUCGCCCUUAUUCAUACGCUUGGUCUCCUGUACCAGAGAGACGUCGUCCCCCUCCUGAUGAGAGAGCCUAUGGUAUCCCUCCUACAGUGCCACCUCACCAUAGAGAUUUCCGCCCUCCUAUGCAUGAGUAUCCCAUGGCAGGUCCUCAUGGGCCUCCAAUGCAUCACAGACCACCUAUGCAUCACCCUCCACAUCCCCAUUAUAUGCCACGUCCAUACAUGCCCCGGCCUCACCAUCCUCCAUUUGAGAAAAUUGAGAACAAAAAAGAUAAAUUUCCAAAUUACCUACACCAUGUUCAACCUGAAGAUGAUCCAUUAGCUACAAGAACUCUUUUCGCUGGUAAUUUAGAAAUAAACAUUUCUGAUGAAGAGUUACGCCGAAUUUUUGGACGCUAUGGUAUAGUAGAGGACAUUGACAUUAAAAGACCUCCUCCAGGUACUGGAAAUGCUUUUGCAUUUGUUCGUUAUCAAACUUUGGACAUGGCACACAGAGCCAAAGUUGAAUUAUCAGGCCAAUACAUUGGCAAAUUUCAAUGUAAAAUAGGUUAUGGCAAAGCUACACCCACAACACGUGUCUGGGUGGGUGGCCUGGGACCAUGGACUUCAGUAGCACAGUUAGAGAGAGAAUUUGAUAGGUUUGGUGCCAUUAAAAAGAUUGAAUAUGUGAAGGGUGAACCUCAUGCCUAUAUUUUAUAUGACUCUAUUGAUGCAGCCCAAGCUGCUGUCAAAGAAAUGCGGGGCUUUCCUUUAGGGGGACCGGAGCGACGUUUGCGUAUUGAUUUCGCAGACGUUGGAACAGGUGGACCCUAUAGACCUAAACCUUACAGUGCACCUGUUGGUGAAGAUGGUAGGCCUGUUGAAGGAUAUGAGGGAUAUGAAGGUAGUUCUUGGGAGGAUGGUUAUAGCUAUGGUACUUAUAGGGGUAGAGGUGGGCAUCGUGGCCGUGGACGUGGCUCCUACAGAGGUGUCUAUCAUGGUACAGGAGAUUAUCGUGACGAAGAAUGGAGACGUGCUCCAUUAGAUUCAGAAUAUGAGAGUCGCUUGCGUCGUUCUGGAUCAAGGGAGCCUGGAGUCGAUAGGUCACGCUCACGAUCUCGUCGUAGAUCACCUGAUAGUGACUCUGAUGGAUCAAUGCGUAGAAGUAGUGGGAUGCUAUCUUCGUCACGAACAAUGGCAGAAUUAGUUCGUAAAGCAACUACAAUUUGGCAUGGAGCACUGAUUCUCAAAAAUUCAUUGUUUCCUACUAAGUUGCAUUUAACAGACGGUGACUCUGAAAUUAUUGAUAGUCUCAUGAAAGAUGAAGAUGGUAGAAAACAGCUCAGAAUCACACAAAGAUUACGUUUGGAUCAACCUAAGUUAGAUGAUGUUCAAAAACGUAUUGCCACAUCUAGCUCUCAUGCCAUUUUUGUGGGUGUGUCUGGUUCUACUGCUGUAGUCACCAAUGAAGAUGUUUCGAUACAAACACGACCAAUGAGGAAUUUGGUAUCAUAUCUUAAACAAAAAGAAGCAGCAGGUGUGAUAUCACUUUUGAACAAAGAGACUGAAGCUACUGGAGUUCUUUAUUCUUUCCCUCCAUGUGAAUUUUCAACUGACCUUCUCAAAAGAACGUGUCACAAUUUAACUGAAGAGAGUUUUAAGGAAGAUCACCUAGUUAUAGUAGUAGUACGAGGUGGCACUGCUUAAUUAUUCAAACACUGCUUUAGUAUAUUGUAUUGUUAUUUGUAGGUAUAUACUCUUAAUUUAAGUUUUUUGUUCUACACUUUUUACUUUAUAUUCUUGUGAUGUGUGUGAUGUGAGGUGCAUAAGAUGUGCAAGUUUAAAUAUUUGUGCAGUGCUGUGUUCUCACAGUGAUCAGAAUUAACUUUGAUGAAAAUGUACAGUAUAGAAGCUAGUUCAGCUAGAUAUCCGACUAAAAGAAGUUUAUCUUACUUUUUUAAAGUUAAGUGUAUAAUAUUCAGUGUAUGAUUUAGGUGAUGUGUAGUGUGUGAACAAAACAAAUAGAUUAUUUUAAUUUUGAAAGUUGUUUUUUUAAACCUUGUGAUUAAGUGACAUAUCCAGUGCAGUUGAUCCAUUAGUGGUUUUGUGAUGUUAAGGUGUUCCAAAAAAAAAAGUAUUGUGAAUUUAUGUUUUGGUAUGUCCAUUAAUUUGCAAAAAAAUGAUUAUAAAAGGAUGUACAGUGGAACAACAAGUCAGUGGUGUGUUGUGGUUUUAACAGUAAAAUUACCAAAUUUAGAGUCAAUUGAAGACAAAUUUUCUACAAUUUACAAAUAUGGUGAUAUAAAUGUUGACUCAGUAUUGUUUGUGAUUUGACGUGUUUCAUAUUAUAAUAUAAAACUGAAACUGGGUAAGUCUGUAGAUAUAUUUCACACAACACAGUAGGCACUGUAUUGGUAAUUUGUGUGUACUUUAAAAAUAGUUCUUUACAAUUCUGAACUUUAUAGAAUUUUUUUAAUGCUUACAGUUGUAUGGUACAUAAAAAAUAAAAAAUCCCAUGCACUAAAUGAGCUAAGGUAUAAUGUAAUAUAAAUGUGAUUCAUUAAUACGAAAAAAAAGGAAAAUUACCUAAAUUACUAUUAUCAUUAAUAUUAUAAUAUCAUUAUCAUUAUAAUUACUAUUGCAUUACCUAAAUUAAAGAUGGAAAUUGAGAUCAAAAAUGUAAAGAAACAAUUCAACCUUUUCUUAAAGAGUACAAAUAAAGUUAAAAUCUUGAUUCAAAUUCAACAACAGUUGUCCAUGAAUUUUUGUGUUUCUUUACAUUUGAAUAUUAUUGAACAUAAAACAUGGGUCUAUCUAGAAAAUUCUAGAUUCGAACUCUGACGAGGUUAAUGGGCACAAUCAUAACUAACUUAAUACGAAAGUGUACGAUAAUUUCCAUCAGUGAUAGCGACACUGGGGUGGUCCAGUCGAAGUUGGUUUCUAUCCAUUGAUUUUUAAUGUUGAGUUUUUGAGUUGAGUAAUUGAGUUUCAUAAAAAAAUCACGAUUUAUAUUUUUAACAAUUUUAAAACAUUUCUUACAUAAACAUAGCUUUAAAGCCAAAAUUACGAAUUUUAAGUUUUAUGUUUUUGAUUUAAUAAUGUAUAGUUUUAUGAAAAUUUUGUACUUUUCGACUUAACUUCACAAAUUAUUUUAUCAUUUUGAACCGAAAACUAUUUUGUUUACUAAGAUCAUAUGACCUUUGGGAUUGGAUGGGGUCACAGAUGAAAAUGACAUUAAAUAAUUCUGUUUUUCCAACUGUAAAGGCAAAGGCAUCAUACUAUACGGUCUAAUCUUUUGUGUAUUCUUUUUUAUGAAAAAUGAUACAGAGCGAAAUGAAAUGAAUUUGAUUAAUUUGAAACAAUCAAUUGACAUGAAAUGAAAUUAAAUGGGAUUAGAUGUAAUGAGAUAUAAAAUCUCAGUAAAAUGGUCAAUAUUUAUAUAUUUACUGUAUAUAUUUACUGAGACUUUUUCAGAGGACUUUUUGGAAGAUCCCGAGAAGCUACGUCAAGCGGCUUGUUUUCAUUCUUCCACAUUUGUGCACUUUCACGAAUACUAAACAUUUCAUAAACCACCUCUAUUUCAUAUUUAAACUUAAAGAAACACUAAAUAGACAAAAUAAAACAAUUCACACAACUUCGCGUUCCCCUUCUCGGAUUACAUAAAAUAAUUUACUUAAUGUAGGUACCCAUUUCUUUUGUAGCUAAGCGAAAGUUUUAAUAAAAAGUUGCAAGCUGCAGUGAUCUGAUAAUUUGUCUUUUUUAAAUAUGCACUUUCAAACUUAACCAAUUUACUUUGAAUGUGUUAGUAAGCUUAUUACUUAAUUUAAACUUGAAAAUGAUAUUAUCUGAGCAAAGAUCUAUUUGUAUGUUAGUCUUACAAUUUUGACAUAUUUUUUUAAGUUUUUUUUUCGAAGCUGUUUCCUAAAUAUUAGUCAAAUGAAUCUGGUUUUUGAAACAAGUGACCUUUUGCUCGGAUCAAAAUGGGAACUUACUGGUAUCUACUCGUACGGUACCUAAAAUCCUUAACCUUACCUUACCUAUAAUCCAGACAUGUCAUUGAGGAUCAAAUGAAAAAAAAUCUAAAAUUGACUUCACAGUGUAAAAUAUCGAGACGGAUUUUUAAAACUCUAAGUACUUACAACACAGAAGACUUAGAAUAUUCACAUUUUUAGUAAAAGAUACCUAAACGUUAUUUAAUUUAAUAGGUAAUUAACUAUCUUUUAUUCUUGCUUUGAUGGUUGGUGGUGCGACCCUUUUUUAUGGAAAUGACACUUAGAACAUGUGUCCUGGUGGAUGGGGAAUUUGCGUUGUUCAUGUCUGGGCUCCGGUAAUCACUGAACAUCUAGUGAGCUCGUUCACUCGUCUAAGCAAUAAACAAACAAUGAAACUACGACUGUUUUAGUCUGUUACGUUUUCACGACCAAACCACCGAAUUUUUAUUAAAUUCAAUAAUGAAAUGGUUUGAACCCUGGGAAAUAAUAGGAUACUUUUCACACUACUGUUGAAUAUGGAUCUCCACCCCAUAAUAGAAGAUAAGAGGAUAGAAAGUAAUUACACUUUAUAACGCAAACUAAAGCUGUAGAUGGAAACUAGACAGUCAUAAGAGUAACCGUUGUCCUACUUAUUUAAUGCCAUAAAUAAUAUUAAACCAGAUAAUAUGUUAAGAAAAAAAUAUCUUUCAUUUAUUUAUUUCAUAGAAAUUUGUCCAUUUGGUGUUAAGUGGCUACGGGAGCCCAUAGAUUGAUAUCUAGUUUGCUAUCAACCUGAAUGCUGUUGUUACACCAAGACACGACAUCGAAGACUCAAUUGUAUAGUGUAUAGUGAAUUAAAUCGGAAUGUGUAAAUUCCCCAUGGCCGAAAUCGGCAAGAAGGUGGUAUUGAUAAUAGUGUUACGCCGGUAAGAGUAACGUUAUCUAUCGCCGAAUAGUCGAACGAAUAUCGAAAGAUAUAGUACCUAGCACCUAGAACGUUUGAGAAGUACAACGCUAUCUGUUGUCAGGUAGCGGAAAAACAAUACUUGAAAUGUGUAGAAUAUUCUCGAUAAUUCUAGGGAUGUGGUAUCGGCUAUCGCAGUCAGUAAUCGGAACUACUCUAAGUGAAACAGCGAACGGAUCACCAGAAGCGAAUUUGAAUUUUAAAGUUUUUGUGAAGUGUUCUAAGUGAUCUAAGUAUUGAAUACAGUUUUUAGUUGUA